UCGUGAAUUGGAAUCGUACACGCCGCAAUUCACGUGUUUGGACGGCUUCCGCAUUGACAGCCGGAAACCUCCCUCCAAUGCCGCGAAAUAUUGGACCAGUGCGCGGGCGCCCGCCCACAAUUCGGAGACCUCCCGCCCCGCAUUGCUCGGCAUCUUAAUUCCCCCCACUCCCCGUGUACCGGUUCGCGACCAAAAAAAGAAAACGCCGACGCCGCCCCCUCCGCGGCUUCCUCUGGCGGGCGUCAACAGGCGCUGGGCGGACGGCCACCUCGGGAGGGCGCCACCGCCGCCGCCGUCCCCUUCGCCGCAGGUUAAUUCAGCGUUGGGUUGCUGGUCUAGACGAUUGAAGAACCAUGGCUACAACAAAAGGAAAUAAGAGGGUCUAUCUCACUUGGACUGAUGAGGUAGACGCUGCAUUGCUGGCUGUUCUCGUGGAGCAUCACAACAAUGGUGAUCAUGCCCAAAAUGGUUGGAAGCCACAUGUCUACAAUGCUGCUAUAAGGAAUGUACGUGAGAAGUGUAAUGUGGAGAUCACAAAGGACAAUAUAGCAUCAAGGUGCAAAACUUUUGACAAGCACUAUGAGGUCAUUAGCAAGAUUCUUUCUCAGAGCGGCUUUGGCUGGGAUUGGGUUAAUGAUAAGUUAUUAAUUGAUAGUGAUGAUGUUUGGAAUAAAUAUGUGGAGGCUAACAAGUCAGCAGAUUGCUACAAGAACAAAGUAGUGAAAAAUUGGGAUGCAAUCAGUACCAUUUAUUUAAAAGAUCAUGCCAAUGGUCAAGGUGCUCAGACUGUCAGACAGGUGCUGAGACUGCUCAAGUUCUACCUGAACAAGUUGAUGAUGCAUCACCAGAUUUGCCUCAAAAGAAGCAGCGAACUAUUGAGGCCAUUCUAUCUAUACUAGGAGAUAUGAAGACCUCAUUCAAUGAUUCUUUGAAGUCCACCGAACCACUACCGAUGCCUAGUGUUACUUCUCCUGCUGAGA